AUGCCGGUCGAUGGCCCCGCCGCAGCGCUCGCCGUGCCGGAGUCGGUGGCAGGUCUCACUGCGGUCGCCUCCGUCGGCGGCGGCGGCGGCGGCGGCGGUCACUCCACUCGAGUCGCCGUCACGCCGCCGGCCGGAGCGGGGCUCAUGUACGCCGACGGCGUGCGUGUGACCGUGCCGGCGGCGGACGAUGGCCAGCACCGCGACCAGGAGCGCGGCGAGCGCGGCCGGCCGCCGCCCAGCCGCGGCGCGCCGCUCUCGGCCGGGGCAGAGAAGGCGGCCGCCGCGCAGCAGGAGCGCUGGCUGCUGACGGGCGCCACGGGCCUGUCGCGCCGCUGGGUCACCACCACCAUCCUGUUCGGCAUCAUCUUCGCCUACUGCGUGCUGGGCUCGUUCAUGUUCCAGGCGAUCGAGGGCCCGCUGGACCGCGAGAGUGUUGAGCGCUCGGCGGCGCUGCGCCAGGGCGUGGUGGACGAUAUCAUGGAGCAGCUGCUCGCCAACUUGUCGUGCCACAACGCGUCCGAGGAGGGCGAGCCGGUGUCGGCCGAGUGCGGCCGGCUGCUCGGACAGCUGCGCGGCGCGCUCAACGCGCACGUCACAGAGCGCGUGGUGCAGUUCGAGACGGACCUAGUAGCCAUGGUGAAACGGGGCUUUUACCGUACCAGUCCCCAGUGGGACUUUUGGUCGGGCUGGUUCUACAGCGGCACCAUCAUCACCACUAUAGGUUACGGGCACAUGGUGCCGGCCACCACGGUCGGCCGCGCCAUCACCAUGCUGUACGCGCUGAUCGGGGCGCCACUGUUCCUGGUGCUGCUCUCCGACUCGGGCAAGCUGCUGACGCGCUCGCUGAAGCUGAUGUGGGCCGUUCUGAGCCGGCUGGCCGACACGCUUCGCUCGCCGAACCGCUCGCUGCAGGCCGUCUCGGCCGCCGUCCGGAUUCGAGCCAGCAGUCCUAGCUAUGUGGUGGACGAGCAGUUUGACCUUCCAAUAAUGGUGGCCUUGUCAUUAGCGCUGUGUUACCUUCUAAUGGGAGCAGCAAUAUUCCAGCAAAUAGAAGAUUGGAACUACUUCGAAUCACUCUAUUUUGUCGUUAUCUCCAUGUUUACUAUUGGAUUUGGAGACUAUGUUAUCUCGGAUUCGGCCACGAUGGCCGCGUCGAUGGCGUACUUUGUCUUCGGGCUGGCGCUCACCUCCAUGUGCAUCAACAUUGUCAAGUUACGCUUUUCUGCUUUCUUCACGACGGUGGGAACGACCAUAACCGACCAGCUGCGGAAGGGCUCGCGCUCGCUGACACCGCGCCGUGUAGAGGUGGCGCCUGUGCACGGCGCCGACCGGGGCGAGGCCAAGGUGGCCUGGCACACCAAGAGCCCGUUCGUCAGCAGCUCCUGAGGACCGGAUGGCUGGUCCGGCGGGAUGCUGAGGCGCGACA